GGCGGGGCUGCGCCGGGGACGCCCCGGGUCAUGGCCGCUGACGCGUCGUCCUGCUCCGGCUGCCUCGGCGCCCCGCCACGACCGCGAGGAGGGCGGCUCAUCUCAGGAGCCACACACUGAAGACUGAAGACAAUGUCUGGAAGCUUCUACUUUGUAAUUGUUGGCCACCAUGACAAUCCGGUUUUUGAGAUGGAAUUUUUGCCAGCAGGGAAGGCAGAAUCCAAAGAUGACCAUCGUCACCUCAACCAGUUCAUAGCUCAUGCUGCCCUCGACCUCGUGGACGAAAACAUGUGGCUGUCUAACAACAUGUACUUGAAAACUGUGGACAAAUUCAACGAGUGGUUUGUGUCGGCGUUUGUCACCGCGGGCCAGAUGCGUUUCAUUAUGCUGCAUGACGUGCGGCAAGAGGACGGGAUUAAGAACUUCUUUACCGACGUUUAUGAUUUGUAUAUCAAGUUUGCAAUGAACCCAUUUUAUGAGCCCAAUUCACCCAUUCGGUCAAGUGCAUUUGACAGAAAAGUCCAGUUUCUUGGGAAGAAACACCUUUUAAGCUAAAUGCAGAAAAUUUAAAAAAAAAGUGGCAACACAGUGAGAAGUGCCCAGGAAGGUGUCUACUGUAAGUCACUUGAUUAAGCAAUGUGGAAAGCUUGUACAUGUGUAAGUUCAUAUCGAAUGAAAUUUCCCUUGAGUUUAACAGCA